AUGUCCCAUCUCAGCACUAACCUCGUCCACGGCGACGAUAACACUUUUAGAAGAGUUCCUGACGUUAUUCAACCAAUUAAUGUCACAACCACCUUUAGCUACAACGAAGAUCCAGAGAAGCUUGUUAAGGCGAAGGAUAUAAAAGAGGGCGUUAUUACCACAAGGGACCCUGUGUAUUCUAGACUUUCCCAUCCAAAUUCUUCAAAAUCUGAGGCAGUUUUGGAGCAAUUGCUAGACGGCCAUGUUGUUGUUUACAACUCCGGCCUUUCAGCGUUUUUCGCGGCACUCACCUACUAUCAUCCGAAGGUGCUCGCUAUUGGGAACGGUUACCAUGGCUGUCAUGGAAUAGCCAAUCUUUUCACUAGAAUUUCUGGUCUGAAGCAAGUUAGCCUGGACCAGUACGACCAAUUGGGGCCUGGCGAUGUUCUCCAUCUAGAAACCCCAGAGAACCCGUUCGGUACCGCCCACGAUUUGAGCUUCUACGUGGCCGAAGCCCAUAAGAGGGGUGCGCACGUGAUUUGUGAUGCCACAUUUGCUCCUCCCCCUCUACAGACGCCGUUCGAUUUUGGCGUCGAUUUGGUGAUGCACUCUGCAACCAAGUACUUUGGGGGUCAUUCCGACCUCCUUGCAGGCUGUCUUGCCACAAAAGACAUCAAGGUGAAGAACCAGCUGGUUUUGGACAGGACCUUCCUCGGAACCACCAUUGCCAAUCUCGACAGCUAUUUGCUGCUGAGAUCGCUCAGAACGUACGAGAUGAGGAUCCUCAGACAAAGUAGCAGCGCAGAGAAAAUUGUGGCGCACUUUGCAGCCAACAAGGACAAGUAUCCGGUGCUGGACAAGAUUUAUCACUCUUCUUUGCAAAAGGAGGACUUCAUCAAGGAGCAACUCCGCGGCCACAGUCCUGUCUUUGCAAUUGAGCUAACAACCCCAGAACUGGCCAAGAGACUGCCUUCUAGACUGAAGUACUUUCACCAUGCCACCUCUUUGGGAGGUGUCGAGUCGAUGAUCGAAUGGCGUGCAAUGACUGACCCUGGUGUUCAGGAGACUCUGCUCAGAAUCAGUAUCGGUGUCGAACACCCUGAUGACUUGAUUGCCGACCUUGACCAGGCUCUAUCGAGUCUGGGCUGA